AUGGCCUCCAAACUCGGUGCCACCUUCGUGCCUGGCAGCGACGAUGACUAUUUUAUGCCAGAAGUUGUUGCGCCGUCGCCUCAGCGGGUGACCCCUCAGGUGCCGCAGAACAUGCAGGAGGACCUGCAGCGCAUGGAACUGGAAGCCCGUGAAGUCCACGACUACAAUAGAAGCCGCGAGCCCUCGCUGUCGACCUACACCGGCCAGAAGCCCGAUCCCAGAGGCUACGGUCACAGUCCCAGCCAGAGCCAGAGCCAGAGCUACAGCCAGACGCGGACAACACGGCUGCCCGACAUGGACGAAGACGCCCCUUCAUUCUCGCCCUUCCCCAAGGUCGUGGGGGACAACGUGCCGCCGGCCGACGACGAGAAGGAGAACAUCCUGUGGAAGGCGCGCAACCAUGUGCUGCACUCGCAGAAUGUCAACAUGCAAAUCACUUGGGCCCGCGAUGUGCUCAACUGGGCCGAAAUCUCCUUGGACGCCGCCGCCAGAGAGGCGGCCGAGAGCGGUAAUCGCCCCCCCACCCCACGAAAGGAGCACGAGCUGCGCAACGACGCAGUCAACAUCAUCAGAUACCUGGCCGAGCAGGAACACCCAGAUGCCCUGUACAUCCGCGCCAAAUGGCUCGAGUUCGGCAAGUUCGGCGAACGCGUCGACAAGCGCGAGGCCUACUCGGGGUACAAGAAGGCGAGCGACUUGGGCAGCACGCGGUCCGUCUACCGCAUGGGCAUGCUGUUUGAGCAGUCCAACGACAUGUCCAAGGCCAAGGAAUACUACUACAAGGGCCUCAGCCUGAAGGACUCGGCCGCCCUGUACCGCAUGGGCAUGAUGAGCCUCCUGGGCCAGCACGGCGAGACCAAGGACUACCAAGGAGGCCUGGAGCGCAUCCGAGCCGCCGCCGACAGUGCGGAUGAGGACGCUCCUCAGGGUGCGUACGUCUACGGCAUGCUCAUCGGACGCGACCUGCCCGACAUCAGCAUACCCGAAGGCAUCUUGCCCUAUGCUAUUGAAACGUCCAAGGUCUAUGUCGAAAAGGCGGCCUAUCUUGGCUUUGCCAAGGCUCAGCUCAAAAUGGGCCAGGCGUACGAGCUGUGCCAGCUGGGAUGUGACUUUAAUCCCUCCUACUCCCUACACUACUACGGCUUGGCCGCCAAGCAAGGAAUCCCAGAAGCUGCCCUUGGCGUCAGUCGAUGGUUCCUCUUUGGCUACGAGGGUGUCUUCAAGAAGAACGAAGAGCUGGCUUUCAAGUAUGCUCACGAGGCAGCAUCCGCGAAGCUACCCACUGGCGAGUUUGCCAUGGGCUACUACCACGAAAUCGGCAUCCACGUUAACAAGGACGUUGUUGAGGCCCAGCGGUGGUACCAGCUGGCGGCUGACCACGGCAACAAGGACGCCGUCGGCAGAUUAGAGUCGCUUAGCCAGGGUGGUGGCCUCUCCAAGCAGGAUCACGAAACAACCACCCUGGGACGAAUCAAGUCUCAGCACGGCUCUAUGAGAGGCAAGCGCCCCGAUCGAUUCGCCAAGCAAAACAAUCCAAUGCCCACGCUCAGUGAAGGCGAUGGUCCAGCCCCACUGCCCAAACUCGUUACAUCAGUUGGCAACUCGCGAGUCUCACCUCUACCCUCGCCGGGCAUGCGUCCUACAAUCGUGACGGAGAACAACAGCUUCGCUGAGCCAUCCAGGGCCUCUUUCGUCGAUACGGCUGAUCGACAGCCGGCAUUUAACAUCCGUGUCGAUCCAAACGCCCCACCCAUGCGUUCUCAGUCCGCCGCGCCUUAUCCCGUAGACGAUCGGAUGCAGCCGCCGAGGAACGCGCCCUAUCCAGACGACGAUGGCCGGCCUCGCCUCAACAAUAAUUAUCCCCCGAACCAGGGUCCUUCAGCGGACCGGCCAGGCAGUGCCUUUGGUCCGGCAACAUGUAUCCGCCUGGUGGGCCGGGCGGCGGCCGUGGCAGAGGCGGACCGCCCGAUGGUCACGGACCCGGACCCGGAGGCUACGGACCGCCAGGAGGCGGACCUGGCGGACCUGGCCAAGGACGCCCAUACCCAGGAGACAGCCGACCUGGAAGCGCCCACAGCGGGAACCGCAUGCAGAACAGACCACCCCAGGGAUAUGGUGGUCCCGGAGGCCCGGUGGGCGGCCCUCAUGGAGGACCAGAGCCCGGGCAGUUCGCUCCUCGAACCUCAUCACGACAGGAUGGGCACCCCGAUCAACAGUAUCACCCCGGCGGUCCCGGUGGUCCCGGGGGCCCGGGUGGCCCAGGAGGCCCGGGUGGCCAUUUCCCAGAAAGGUUGGGAUCUCUCCCCGGCCAAGGUGGACCACCACCAGGAAGAGUCCAGACCGGAGGCCCCCCUCCCGGACAUGGACCCGGACCCGGGCCUCAAGGUCCUGGAGGCAGACCCCCUCCAGGUCCCAACAGAGUUGGCACUGCUCCUCCGGGACCUGCUCCUCAGCACAGCUCAAGUCCUGCACCAGGCCCUGGCCCGGCUUCUCCUCCAGCCAAGGCCAAGCAAUCAAGCAAGCAAUCAGGCAAGCAAGGACCCGCAACGUUUGAAGACAUGGGAAUUCCGCAGGGUAAACAAGACGGCGAUUGUGUAA